UCUUUCACUCUUUUCUAUCUUCAUCCACAUAUUGCUUCCCCUCACCUCCUUACUUUGCCUUCAUUUCACUUUUCCCUGUUUACCAAACUCUGUUUUCUUCCUCUCUCGCUGCUUCUAAAAAGCUUAAAGCGUUGUGGGUGUGGUGGUUUCAGCUUCGUUAUCAAAUCAAAAUCUUUUUGAGUCCUCUCUCUUUUAAGUGUCGGUGGGAUCCGAGCCCCGCGCUCUUCUCAUGAUAGCCAUCAUUGACUCUAGUUAAGGCUGUCUCUCUGCUUCGCAUUGUAGCAAGUUUCCCUGAUCAUCAUCCAUGCAAUAAUCGAGCUUUGUUAGUGAAUGAAGCAUGGACAAGGCGUGGCUAUGGAGGAAGAAAUCCACAGAGAAGCUGCCCAUUGUUGCUGACAAAGUCAACGGUUCAUCAAGAGGAAAUGAAGAAGAGAUGGAGGCAAUGCUUAAUGAGAAGGCAGAGCUAGAGAAAGAUCUGAAAGCUUUAAGUGAUAAGCUGGCUUCUGCUCUCUCUGAUUGUAAGAAUAAAGAUGAACUGGUGAAGAAACAUGCCAACAUGGCACAGGAAGCUGUUCACGGCUGGGAGAAUUUAGAAGCUGAAGCAGGGUUUCUAAAGCAAGAAUUGGAUAAAUCUUUGCAACUCAGAGACGCUGCUGAAGAAAGAAUAGCUCAAUUGGAUGGAGCCCUCAAGGAGUGCAUGCAGCAGCUACGAUAUGUUCGAGAUGAACAAGAGCAAAGGGUUCAUGAUGCUGUGAUGAAGACAACAAGGGAAUUCGAGAAAUCUCAGAUGGUGUUGGAAGAGAAGCUAACAGAGACCAGUAAAAGGCUUUCUAAAAUAGGUGCUGAAAAUACCCAUCUAAGUAAGGCUCUUUCAGUGAAGGAAAAGUUGACUGAAGAUUUAAGAAGACAAAUGAGUCAGAUGGAAACAGAUUUGAAUGCACUUAUGGCCAGAGUAGAGUCCAGAGAGAAAGAUAAUGCUUCUUUGACAUAUGAGGUUCGAGUGCUUGAGAAAGAGCUUGAGAUCAGGAAUGAGGAGAGAGAAUUCAAUCGUCGGACUGCUGAUGCAGCACAUAAGCAACAUCUUGAGGGUGCAAAAAAAAUCGCAAAGUUAGAAUCAGAAUGUCAGAGGUUGCGUGUCCUGGUCAGGAAGCGAUUGCCAGGUCCUGCUGCCUUGGCUAAAAUGAAAAAUGAAGUUGAAAUGCUUGGAAGGGAUUCGGUUGACAUGAGGAGGAGAAGUUUGAGCCCAAAUGGUUUAAGGUAUGACUCGACUGCUGACAAGUUUCCUGAGGCUCCCACUAAAAAGAUCAAUUUUCUAACUGAGCAGUUAUGCGCUAUGGAAGAAGAAAAUGCGAUUCUCAAGGAAGCACUCAAUAAGAAGAUGAAUGAGUUACAGUUUUCCAAAAACAUGUAUAACCGUGCAGCCUCCAAAUUAUCACAAGUUGAAACAGCGGUCGGAGAAUCCCCACGAGGCACUCUUAUGCAACAUGAACUCUCUGUAGCAUCUAUGUCUGAUAUUGGUAGCGAUGAUAAGGCUAGUUGUGCCGAAUCAUGGGCUUCUGCUUUGAUUACAGAACUGGAGCAUUUUAGAAAUGAAAAGCAAAAAGGCUCGCCGACAUGCAAAACUGUUGGAGCUUCAGACAUAAAUCUGAUGGAUGAUUUUGUUGAAAUGGAAAAACUAGCAGUGGUCUCUGCUGAUAAAGUAAGUGUUGGUUCUUAUGCUUCCUCACCAGCUAAUACAUUUGCUGGCCAUUUUGAAAAUCAGUUUUCCUUGGAACUAGGGGGUAGCGAUGUAGUUCCUUUAUCUGACAGCGAGUCAGGCUUCAGUUUGUCAAACAGGGAGUCCAACCGUAUUCUGGAUGGCAAAGCUCCUCAUUGGCUCCAGGAUAUAGUGAAAUUGGUGUUAGAGCACAGCCGUGUUGCACGAAGAAGCCCUGAACAAAUACUAGAGGAUAUAAGAAUGGCUUUGGCAACUACAACUAAUCCUUCUUCUGCUAAAAGCUGCAUCUCAUGGAAAGACUCAAAUCAGUGUGCAGUAACUGAUUCACCCAAUGGAGCAAGUGAUGAGCAGUUACAACCAGAUCUUAGGAAAUCAAUAUGCAAAAUAAUUGAGCUUAUCGAAGGAAUCAGUGUGCCGUCUCCAGAUUAUAACACAGAUGCCAGACACAAGAAUUCAGAAACACAGGCAGGCUACAUGGUUCGUGUUUUCCAAUGGAAAUCUUCUGAACUUGGGACUCUUCUACAACAAUUUGUUCAUGCUUGUUACAAUCUAUUAAAUGGGAAGGCUGGCCUUGAUAGAUUUGCUGAAGAACUAACUACGGCCCUGGACUGGAUUUUGAACCACUGCUUUUCACUUCAAGAUGUUUCAAGCAUGAAGGAUGCAAUUAAGAAGCAAUUUGAUUGGGAUGAUACACGAAGUGAAAGCGAAGCAGAAGUUGUUGGAUUGGUUGGUCACUAUUCAGAUACAGAUAAAUUUCGAGUUCCCAGAGAACACACAUCAUUAAGGCCUAUGGCUGCUUCUUCAAAUGGUCAUAGCAGCCAAAUAGAAGAGCUGCAGUUCAAUUUGGUCAAAGAAAACAGAAAGUUAAAGGACGAUCUUGUGAAUACAGAAUCUGGCAAAAAUGAGUUGGAAGGCAGACUUCAGUCAGCCAAUGAUAAGAGUGAAUCCCUGAUCAAUGAGCUUAAGGAAUCCGAGAAAAUUAUUGCCAGCUUGCAAGAAGAGUUAAAAAGUUUAAGAGAGUCGAAGAGUAUGAUUGAGGAUCAACUCAAAACUCAAAAGACUAUGAACGAAGAUCUUGACACGCAGCUCAGAGUGGCCAGAGUUGACUUGAGUGAAGCUCAUCAGAAGUUUUCAUCUCUAGAAGAUGAACUUGAGAACAAAUACAACUGCUGUGAAGAAUUGGAAGCUUCAUGCGUUGACCUGCAGCUUCAGCUUGAAAGCAGUUUGAAGAAGAAAAGCCCUGGCUCCAGUCAUAAUCAAGAGGAAACGCAAGACAAAACUGAAUGGGAGAUAACAGCUGCUUCAGAAAAAUUGGCAGAAUGCCAAGAGACUAUACUUAACCUCGGGAAGCAGUUAAAGGCAAUGGCUGCACCAAGAGAAGCAGCCCUUUUUGACAAGGUCAUCACUGAUCCCGCUAAUGUAAAUACCACAACAGCCAUAGCCACAGUCCCUACCUCAAACAAGACCAUGAGCCGCAGGUCCUCUCUCCUUGAUAAAAUGCUUGCAGAAGAUGGCACUACCACCAAAGAUUCUACAUCUCCAAAGACAAAAGAAGUUGACGAUAAUUCCACUUCCACAUUCGGUCCCAAGAAGGUAGUAGAGCCCCUCGAGAAUAUUCUCAAUUUAAAAGUUAAAUACCAGGAUGAGGAUGCUACAACUGGUUCAUUUGCUCUGGUGCCUAGCAAGAAACGAAAUGGGAGUUUAUGGAGAAAGCUAAUCUGGAGAAGGAAGAAAAGUAGCAGCAAGAAAGCACCCCUUCCGAUCACCUCAUGAUAGAUCACUAUCGUAUGAUAAAACCACAGUUGGAGCUCCGAGCUCUAUUUUUUGGUAGUUUGGUUUGUUACAUACCUGGAAUGGAUAAUAAUAAGGCUACAAGUUCUGUUGGUCAAUAGAGAGAAAUUGGAGUGCUGGGGAGUGAUUUUUCUUUUGUUUGGCAUACUUUGUGUAUCACUCCUGUGUAUAUAUAUACAUAAUAUCAAUGCCUAGCUAACUAGGAAUUUGUACCAUCUUGUAAUUCCAGUUUUGUACAACCUUAAUUUUCAAAUCAAUAAAGUAACUCUUCCUUUCUGA